CGGCGGAUGACGUCACGAGGGAGGCGGUUCGGGCGCAAGCUAUUGUGCGUCGGGGUUGGCGGGAGCGGGAAUAGGAUUCGGAUCCGUUGUCCGGCAGCUUCCUCAGCUGCUACUGUUGCGCUGAGUUUAGUUUACAGCUGUCCGGGCCCCGAACCUUGGUUCCGACCCCGGCUCCGAAGCCCAGCUGCUGCCAGACCCAGCCCCAGCUUCGCGCUCCGUCCUUGGACUCCGCAGCCCAAAAUUGCAGCUCGAGACCGCGACCGGGCCGCAGCCGCCGCGAUGCACGUCAUUAAACGAGAUGGCCGCCAGGAGCGGGUCAUGUUUGACAAGAUUACUUCUAGGAUCCAGAAACUUUGCUAUGGACUCAACAUGGAAUUUGUUGAUCCUGCCCAAAUCACCAUGAAAGUUAUCCAAGGAUUAUAUAGUGGGGUGACCACAGUGGAAUUAGACACCUUGGCUGCUGAAACAGCUGCAACCUUGACCACCAAGCAUCCAGACUAUGCCAUCUUAGCAGCUAGGAUUGCUGUUUCUAAUUUGCAUAAAGAAACAAAGAAAGUAUUCAGUGAUGUGAUGGAAGACCUUUAUAACUACAUAAAUCCUUCUAAUGAAAGGCAUUCUCCCAUGGUGGCAAAAUCAACCCUAGAUGUUGUUUUAGCCAAUAAAGAUCGACUCAACUCCGCCAUUAUUUAUGAUCGAGAUUUCUCUUAUAAUUACUUUGGCUUUAAGACCUUAGAACGUUCCUAUUUGUUGAAGAUCAAUGGAAAGGUGGCUGAACGACCUCAGCACAUGCUAAUGAGAGUGUCUGUGGGGAUUCACAAAGAGGACAUUGAUGCUGCUAUUGAAACCUACAACCUUCUCUCUGAGAGAUGGUUUACUCAUGCUUCCCCUACCCUCUUUAAUGCAGGCACCAACCGUCCCCAGCUUUCUAGUUGCUUCCUUCUGAGUAUGAAAGAUGAUAGUAUUGAAGGCAUUUAUGACACACUAAAGCAGUGUGCACUGAUUUCCAAGUCAGCUGGUGGCAUUGGAGUUGCUGUGAGUUGUAUCAGAGCUACAGGAAGUUACAUUGCUGGGACAAAUGGCAAUUCUAAUGGCCUUGUUCCGAUGCUUAGGGUGUACAACAAUACAGCUCGCUAUGUGGAUCAAGGGGGUAACAAGCGGCCAGGGGCAUUUGCCAUCUACUUGGAACCAUGGCACUUAGACAUCUUUGAAUUCCUUGAUCUGAAGAAGAACACUGGGAAGGAAGAGCAGCGAGCCAGGGAUCUUUUUUUCGCCCUCUGGAUCCCAGAUCUCUUUAUGAAACGUGUGGAGAACAAUCAGGACUGGUCCCUGAUGUGUCCUAAUGAGUGCCCUGGUCUGGAUGAUGUUUGGGGAGAAGAAUUUGAGAAGUUAUAUGAAAGUUAUGAGAAGCAAGGUCGUGUCCGUAAAGUUGUAAAAGCCCAGCAGCUCUGGUAUGCCAUCAUUGAGUCUCAGACAGAGACAGGGACACCUUACAUGCUCUACAAAGACAGCUGUAAUCGGAAAAGCAAUCAGCAGAACCUGGGAACGAUCAAAUGCAGCAAUUUGUGCACAGAGAUAGUAGAGUACACUAGUAAAGAUGAGGUUGCAGUCUGUAACUUGGCUUCUUUGGCCCUGAAUAUGUUUGUCACAUUGGAACACACAUAUGACUUCCAGAAACUGGCUGAGGUUACCAAAGUCAUUGUUCGCAACUUAAAUAAGAUUAUUGAUAUCAAUUAUUACCCGGUCCCAGAGGCAAGUUUAUCGAAUAAACGUCAUCGCCCCAUUGGUAUUGGAGUGCAGGGUCUAGCCGAUGCUUUUAUUCUGAUGAGAUAUCCUUUUGAGAGUCCAGAGGCCCAGUUACUGAAUAAACAGAUCUUUGAAACCAUUUAUUAUGGAGCUUUGGAAGCCAGCUGUGACUUGGCCAAGGAGUAUGGCCCAUAUGAAACAUAUGAAGGCUCCCCUGUCAGCAAAGGAAUUCUUCAGUAUGACAUGUGGAAUGUCACUCCUACAGAUCUGUGGGACUGGAAGUUUCUCAAGGGGAAGAUUGCAAAGUAUGGCAUCAGAAACAGUUUGCUGCUUGCCCCAAUGCCAACUGCCUCUACUGCUCAGAUUUUAGGGAAUAAUGAGUCCAUUGAACCUUACACCAGCAAUAUUUAUACUCGGAGAGUCCUGUCAGGAGAAUUUCAGAUUGUGAAUCCACACUUGCUGAAAGAUUUGACAGAGCGAGGCCUGUGGAACGAAGAGAUGAAAAACCAGAUCAUUGCAUGUAACGGCUCUAUCCAGAGUAUCCCUGAAAUUCCUGAAGACCUGAAGCAGCUGUAUAAGACUGUAUGGGAAAUCUCCCAGAAAACUGUUCUCAAGAUGGCAGCUGAUAGAGGAGCAUUCAUUGAUCAGAGUCAGUCUUUGAAUAUCCACAUUGCUGAGCCUAACUAUGGCAAACUCACCAGCAUGCACUUCUAUGGUUGGAAGCAGGGCCUGAAGACUGGCAUGUAUUAUUUGAGGACAAGACCAGCAGCUAAUCCCAUUCAGUUCACUCUGAAUAAGGAAAAACUGAAAGACAAGGAGAAGGUGAUGAAGGAUGAGGAAAAGGAGAGGAAUACAGCAGCCAUGGUUUGCUCUUUAGAAAACAGAGAUGAGUGCCUGAUGUGUGGAUCCUGAGAAGAAAGAAUCAGAAGAGGAGGCCAGCACUUCUUUGGAAGCCACACUGUCUCUUUGGGCAUAGAUAGAUGUAGUGAAUUUGCUUGAAGAGGUGAGGCUUUGCUGGACUUUAGUGCAAGGAAAUGAUCAAUGCGUAUCAAGUACUAUUUCAGUGCCGGAUGAAAAUAUUUUUCUGCUGGUGUCUUGGGAAUGAAGAAGUCGCCUUGGACUCAGUGGAUGAGCGGGAAAGAAAACAUGGGCAUAUGGGACUCAGUCACUUCCCUGGGCCCCACGCUGACUGAGUAUCCUCCACAGAGUAUCAUCUCACUAGUCUGAGGUCUCUUUUUAAGCUGGUAUGUUACCACUAGAGGUAAAGCAGAUUGCUGGCUCAUGAGAAUUGCUGGUACACCUACGCCACCAGGCAGCUUGGGUUUCUCUGCCUUAUCAGUAUUUAGCACUAAGCCACCCAGAAAUGGCUCUUCCCAAGAUGUUUUGGAUCUUGUCCCUCUUCUGAUUUGUUCUGGGAUCCUCAUGUGGAAAUGGGGCUGACCUAUAGGUCAGUCUGAAAUAAAGAUGCACACUUUCCUCUUAAAAGAUAAA